ACCCCUAAAUGCAGGCAAAGACUCACGUAGAUAAAGCCUUUAUAUCUGUGUGUGUGAAGAUUAAACAGUAAGUCAAACAUGAAAUAAACAGUAGGCUUGGUGAUUGCUCCUCCCUCUCUCUCUCUCUCUCUCUAUCUAUCUUGGUUUCCUCCUAGGAGUCAUAUGCCUAACGCAUGUCAUUAUUAUCACUCUAUUUUCUUUUGACAUUGAUAAUCACUCCAUAUAAUAAAUACAUAAUUAAAAAUGUGAUUAAUCUCACUUACACCCCAAAUAUAGUUUUGCUGUUAUUACUCACCCCAUUAUAUUAUAUAACAGUUUAAAUGUCCCAACUGACCUCCAAUUCCCAACUCGAUCAUUUCUCAAAAUGGAUAAUGGAGAUGGUGAAGUCUGCCUUGGCCUCGGCCUCGGUUUGGGCUUAUCACAAAUUUCUCCAAAAAGAGAAAUCCCACAAAACAAGAACAAACGUCUUCUUUUUCUUGAUCUCUCCAUCCCAAUCCAUCCAAAUGAUCAUGAUCUCAAUUCCCAAAUGAUCAGACUUGAUCAUGAUCACAACGUUGCCAAAGACGAUGAUCCCGACAUCAAUUUCUCCAUGAAUUUUGGCAGGAAGAAAUUGAGGCUCACUAGGGAUCAGACCACCUUGCUUGAAGACAGUUUCAGACAGCACACCACCCUCAACACGGGCCAGAAACAGACACUUGCAGAGAAAUUGAAUCUCAAACCUAGACAAGUUGAAGUUUGGUUUCAAAACAGAAGAGCAAGGAGCAAAUUGAAGCAAACUGAGGUAGAGUGCGAGAUCUUGAAGAAAAACUGCGAGAGAUUAAGCGACGAGAAUCGGAGAUUGAAGAAGGAGGUGUUGGAGCUACGGUCAUCGCUGAAGAUGGAAAAGCCACAGCCACCAGCUGCGGCGGCGACACCGUUUUUCCAUCACAAUCAGAAGGCGGCAUGCGAGAAAAAUGGGACAGGUAGGGGCGGCGGCGAAGCGGCUGCGGCAGCCGUUUUGGAGGUGGUCCACGAACCCUAAACCUAAUGAUCAGCGAAAACGGCUCCAUAGCUAGGGUUUGUAGGAGGACGAAAUUAAACAAAAAGAGGGGCAAAGUGAAUGGAAAUUGAUGUCAUACACAUAUUCAUACUGUAUAUUUUUGGUAAUGAUUAAUUAUUAACCGAAUUUUAAUAAAUUUUACAACUUC